UUGUUUGCUGAAGACUAUCGAAGAAAGCAAGUCUCCGGUGCUUAGCCUAAAAAGAAGACUAUUUUAAACUGCUCACUAAUUACUCUCUUUCUCCCUCGCGCCGUCGCGCGCCUAUACGCCAUGUAACGACCUCAGAGCUUCGGCGUAUCGGUUUAUGGCGAUUUGUGGGGUUUUCUCUCCAAACUGAAUUUUAAUUACAAUCGUUCUUUGCCAAAAGAACAGGUUAUUUGUCAAGGUUUUCCGCAUGGUAUCGGAUUCUCGUUUGAUUGCGGGAAUCCUCCUUUUCGGGAAACCUUGGGGAAAGCUCGUUAGCUUUUUUUACUGGUUCUGGGAUCUAUAUGUGCAAUUCGACUAGGGUUUGUUUUCCUGGGAUGUGAUUUGGGAUGGUCAGGGAUGGCUCGAGACGGAUACGUCGUCCCUGUAGAUCCUCAAGCCGCCUUGAAGAAGAAAACCGCCGUCUCGAGGAGUUGGAUUUUGUUGGAUUGUACCGGAGAGGGGACGAUCCUGGAUGUCGACAAGUAUGCCAUUAUGCACCGGGUUCAGAUUCAUGCAAGAGAUCUUCGGAUCCUUGAUCCUCUGUUAUCAUAUCCUUCGACGAUAUUAGGCCGAGAAAAGGCCAUUGUGCUCAAUUUGGAGCACAUUAAAGCAAUAAUCACUGCAGAGGAGGUGUUUCUUAGAGAUCCGCAUGAUGAUAAUGUUAUUCCCAUUGUGGAAGAACUUAAAAGGCGAUUGCCCCCUGUAAAUGCCCGCCAUGCCCAAGGAGACCGGAAGGAGAACCAGGAUAGGCACAAUGAUGCUGAAGUGAGUGAAGAGGAUGAGUCUCCAUUUGAAUUUCGAGCCCUAGAAGUAGCACUUGAAGCUAUUUGUAGUUUUCUUGGUGCACGUACAACGGAACUGGAGACUGAUGCUUAUCCAGCCUUAGAUGAGUUGACCUCCAAAAUUAGUAGCCGUAACUUGGAUCGUGUUCGUAAAUUGAAGAGUGCAAUGACAAGGUUGACUGCUCGGGUCCAGAAGGUAAGGGAUGAGCUUGAACAACUUCUAGAUGACGAUGAUGAUAUGGCGGACCUUUACCUAUCUAGGAAAUUGGCUGGGCCUUCUUCACCUGUCAGUGGUUCAGUUGCACCCAGUUGGAUCCCCGCUUCCCCUACUAUAGCUUCAAAGAUAUCCAGAGCAAGUAGGGCUAGUGCUGCAACAAUUCGUGGAGAUGAAAAUGAUGUUGAGGAGCUGGAAAUGCUGCUCGAGGCAUACUUCAUGCAGAUUGAUGGCAUAUUGAACAAAUUGACAACGCUGCGUGAAUACAUUGAUGACACUGAGGAUUACAUUAAUAUUCAGCUUGACAAUCAUCGGAAUCAGUUGAUUCAGCUAGAGCUCUUUCUAAGUUCGGGAACUGUUUGUCUAUCCAUCUAUUCUUUGGUGGGUGGAAUAUUUGGCAUGAACAUCCCAUACACAUGGAAUGAUAACCAUGGUUACGUGUUUAAAUGGGUGGUCAUCCUUACUGGAAUAGUCUGUGCAUCCCUUUUUGUAUUGAUUAUUUCCUAUGCCCGCUACAAAGGUCUUGUAGGAUCUUGAUAUCUUCAACAGAAGUAAGGUACUCUCAAAGGAGAUGGAAAUCAACUCCUAGCACUCGUGGUCUGUACAUGAAAUAAGUUACAGCUGCUGAGACUUGACAUAAAGUGUAGGUUCGAUGAAGCAGGCAGCGUUUUAUGGCAGACUAUGGUGGUUUUCUUUUAAGCAGCAGAAUAUUGUUUCUUCGGGAGAGAGAAAUAACAAACUUAUCUGUUCAAAUUCAGGCUUCAAUUAACAAUGAACCAUGAAAGGGUAUAUGGUAAUUUUUUUGUUGAUUUUUUUUUUAUUAUUUUUGAUUGAUAUUUUUUCUUAUUUUAAUAUACCUCAGAGUUGGGUGGAAACUACUGCACAAGUGCACCCAUGAUAUAUGUAAUCAGUAACUGAGCUAGGAAUCAGUUUAUCUCAAUACAUAAUUGGAUUGAGGUUCAUACUUCAAA